AGGAUGAAUGCCAGCAACUGCUGGUGGUUGUCUCUGCCACUUCUGCAGAAAGCCUCCCAGAGGAUGAGGCCAAGCCAGAGCAGAGGAAUGGAGGGAGACAGACCUAGCUGCCGAUGCCGCUGAACACCUAGAUCCAGCCAUGCCUACAGCAGAUGCCCCUGAACUUGCCACUUACAUGGGGCAGAAGGGACGGUGCCGCGGGAGGCGGAGGCGCUGUGGCUCUGGGAAGGCUGAAAAGGGAGGGCUGCAAAGGAGAAGAGCUUCGAGUCCUUUCCAUCAGGAGAGCACUGGAGGAGCACUGCUCAGGAGUCAGAAAGUGGAGUCUGGGCGUGACCUUGCACCUGACCAGCCUGGGGCUCCAGGUCCGCCGCAUCUGGACUAAUCUCCUGUGUCCUGAGCUCCCAGGACCCCAGAGGCAAGCAUGGAGAGGCCAGGCUGGCAGAUUGAAGUCACAGAGAAAGGCAGGAAAACUUCCUGGCUUAGGUUUCCAAAGGCCUCUGGGGGAUGAGGAGAACCCACAGUGGCUUAGGACGAGCUCCUGCACAGCGGCCUGUUUCCCAAUUGCAUCAUGUAUCUCUUUGCCUCUCUUGGCUCAGCCCUGGCCCUAUCCCCAGGCCAUCCAAGGGGCAGCCUGGUGAGGUUUCCUCAGCUUUGCUAAUGACUUGACCUACAGUCUUAAGUCAAGAAGGUGUCGCUCUCCUUUGUGAUGGCUGGACGCACAGGAGCUGUGGUCAGGAUGGGGCUAGAGGAGCUGAAAUCCCAGGGCAACAAGGGUAUUUAAAAGCACAUCACAGGAGAAACAGCUAAAGAGUCUUGGAACCAGGAAUCAUAAGCUGUUUGAUGGGAUGAACUAUCUUGGGAGUGAUGAGGUCCCCAUCACUGAAAGUAUUCAAGCAGAGAGAGGCAUGCAAUUAGGAGACUGGGAAGAGCAUCAGACACUGAAUGAAGUCUGCACUAGAUGAAAUGAAGAACCCUUCCAGCCCUGAGGCCGAGCAGCCACUUCUCUGGAGCAGGCUGGCCCAUCUAUGUCCAGGAGGCCAGCCCCAGGCCAGCUUUUGAGCACUGGGAGCUAAGUCCUUCCCCUUCCAGAGACUGCACAAAGUGUGUGCCACCUCCACGGAAUCCUCCUCAUCCACCCAAGAACUCUUCCUCGCCUGACCUAAAGCUCUUCAUUUCACACCACCUUUCAAGCGAAUUAAGGAUUAAUUGCCAGGAGCAAUCUCUGUCUUUGUUUGUUUUCUCUAAUGGAAAACCUUUCUCUCGGGAGGGUAAGGUUAUCAGUCAUUCACAGCUCAGUUGUGCUGUGUUUGAUUAGACUGGAUGGCAAAGCUGAGUCCUGUUUCAGCUCUGUGCGAUCCUGGGCCCCUUGGAGCCUGUUUUCUCAUCUAUGAAAUGGGAGUAAUAAUAGUGCUUAUUGCACAGUUGUUUUAAGAACUAAAAAUUUAAAUUGUCUAGAAUGUUAUACAAACAUAAGCUAACAUAUUUUGGAAAAAUGAGCCAAGAUCGGUGGUGCCAAGGGAAGAAUGGGCAGAGGUGAGCUGUGGGCAGCCGUGGAGGAUGGUCCAGGGUGUGGCUGCCGGAGGGCAUCGGGGGCCAGGCGACUCCAGAAAGGAGCUAGGAAUGUUAGAGAAAACUGCACUGACAGCCAGCACGCCUGAAGAACUGAUUCAUACUACACCGUGGAUGAACCUUAAGAACAUUAUUCUUGGCAAAAGCAGACAGACACAAAAGGUCACAUAGCAAAUGGUUCCAUUGAUAUGAAAUGUCCAGCACUGGCAAAUCUACAGAGACAGAAAGUAGAUUAGUAAUAGCCAGUGGCUGCAGAGAGGGAAGGAGGGGAGUGAAGACUUAAUGGGUACAGAGAUUUUAUUUUGGGGUAAUGAAGAUAUUUUGGAAUGAGACAGAGCUGGUGGCUGCAUAGAGCAUUAUGAAUGUGCUAACUGCCAUUGAAUUACUCAUUUUAAAACAGUUAAUUUAACGCUAUGUGAAUUUCACCUCGCUAAAAAAGGUACAAAAUAAAAA